AUCAGAUCUCGACAGUGAACGGUGCGCGAGCAGUCGCGGUGUGGCUAUGUUGUGAAGGUUGUGUGUGUGUUUUUUAUUUCGAUUAAUAUUUAUUUACUUUUCUUGUUCCAAUGUGUGGCUCGAGCCGCGUGUACGUGGUUGGCUUUGGCGAUAGAUGUGAUAAGUAAUCGAUUGGUUCGAAUGAUUCGUUUUGUUUUGUAAAGUUUCUGUUUUACAUGCACCCGUAUAAAGUGAAAACAAACGUGUACGAAUGUGAUGAAGUUAUGGAGUAAGUCGACUCCAUUUCUAGUGACCGUGUAAACGUCCAACAAGUGUCCCCACCGUAAUAUCGUGCUAAUCGGUAGAUAUUCGUACGUUUGUGUAAUAAAUAGUGUAGCUUUUUUUGCAUUUACUGGGUACGGUUUGCAACAAUCCAGUUUCACCGAGAAAAACGGCAACGGCCAACAGACAGACCGCUCAUUAGCUCGGGGUCAGAUAGCGUUCAAAGGGAAAGCAACAGCAGCAGCAGCACCAACAAUCACAUUGGUAACAGCAAAGCAAGUGCCUCUAAAUCCCAGCGAGCAGCUGGACAAGUUCAGUUGUGAAAAGUGUUCCUGGUUAAGAUGAAAUAGUGAUCGAAGUUUAGAAAGCACCAACGAGCACAUCGACAGGCACGACAUUUUAGAAACCAAUCAUCACCAUGUUUAAGCUACUCGGAGGAUUGAAACAGUACUUCAAAUGGCAAGACAUCCAGACGGAUAAUAUCGUGUUCCGGCUUCACAACACCUUCACCACCGCACUACUACUCGCGUGCAGUUUGAUUAUAACCGCCACACAGUAUGUGGGCAACCCGAUCAGCUGCAUCGUUGGCGGUGUUCCACCGCAUGUCGUCAACACGUUUUGCUGGAUCGCUAGUACCUUCACAAUGCCGGAUGCGUUCCGCAGACAGGUUGGACGUGAAGUAGCACAUCCCGGUAUUGCGAACGAUUUUGAUGACGAAGAUGCGAAGAAAUAUUACACCUACUAUCAGUGGGUCUGUUUCGUGCUGUUCUUCCAGGCUAUCGCUUGUUACACUCCUAAGUUCAUCUGGGACGCUGUGGAAGGAGGUUUGAUGCGAAUGAUUGUGAUGGGACUCAACCGAGGUGCAUGCAAGGAGCAGGAGAAGUGUGCCAAGAAGCAGGUACUGCUCGACUACCUGUUGACUCACCUAAAGCGACACAAGAUCUACGCAAUACGCUACUGGGUCUGCGAAGCACUGUGUUUCGUCAACAUAAUUGUACAGCUGUGGUUGAUGAAUCGAUUCUUCAACGGUGAGUUCCUUUCGUACGGAUGGGACGUUUUGCAAUACUCGGACCAGCCACAGGAGCAACGGGCCGAUCCGAUGGUGUUUGUGUUCCCACGUGUCACCAAAUGUAACUUCUACAAGUAUGGUGCGUCCGGAUCGAUUCAAAAGCACGACGCCAUGUGCAUUUUACCGCUGAACAUCGUUAACGAAAAGACGUACAUCUUUAUCUGGUUUUGGUUUAUCAUCUUAGCCACCUUUUUGGCGGGACUGAUCAUAUACAGAACUGUCAUCAUUUGUGUGCCUUCGGUGCGAUCGAAGCUGCUGAACGCACGAAACCGCAUGGUGCCUCGUGCUGUCGCGAAAACCAUUUCUGCGCACCUGGAUCUUGGGGACUGGUGGAUCGUGUAUAUGCUCGCUCGAAAUCUCGAUCCAAUCAUAUUUAAGGACGUUGCAACGGAGCUCGCGAAACGUAUCGAGUUGAACGAUGCGGACGAAAAUGAUCAGAACGAAAAGAAGCGAAUGCACUAGAGAAUUGUUUCCACAACCACAAUUCACACAUUUCCAAUAAUCAACUUGCACAAAAAGUAUAAACUAUGAAAAGCUGCCACACCGUGAGAGAACUAACGAAAGACAUUAAACAUUAGGCCUUCUAUUUCAAAGAAUCUAUCUCGCUGUAGUUUCGAAUAUUUGUUCCAAGACAAUGAAUCCAGGUUUCCUUGUGUGCCACACGUGCGAAGAAGUUUGUUUAAUGCACGUCAAAUGAUCGACACUGCUCGACUUUUGUUUUAGGAGAACAGAUUGUAACAGUUAUUAUUGUUUUUAAUCAAAUCGAAUCUAUAUAUUUAUACUUGAGUUAGCGAUAUAAACUAAAUAAUAAGUAUCAACACUUGCUCGCGUAUCGCAACGCGUUUUUAAGAGGGAUAGUGUGGUAGAAGAUGAUAGAAUUAGUACCGCGCGCACACACCCGGAGGCAUGCAACUAUCCAAACAACGUGAUUUCCCCUCACUUCCUAUUUUCUCACUCGGACCAUAGCGAAGAUUUUAGAUUAUGUGUUGUAAGGCAAAAAAGACAAUCAAUAAAAUGCACAAGCUAUAAGCACAAA